CACAGCUGGAUUUGAAACAGCUGGAUCCGCCUUCCCUGCAAGUUUAGCCAGGAGCCUCACAAGCCUGGGAGCUUUGGGUUGGGAGCAAAAUAAUCACAGACUGGCUGCACUGGUGGAGGAUGAAUUGAUCAAAACUGUGAAGCUGGGUUUCCAGUUGCUGGCAGGAUCCAGAAAAUGGGUUACUGGAAGAGGCUGGGUCUGAUUUCCCUACUGCUGCUGUCCUUCUCAUGUUCUGCCGGGGCACGAAGAAAUCUGAAGACCAACUUGUGUAAAUGGUGCGACUCCACCUCCCCAGUGUGUGAGGAAAAGGUGUGCUACAGCAACUGUAAUUUGAACUCCUAUUGUGAGAGUCCAUAUGAAAUCUGUGUGGCCAUAUGGAAGCAAGACAAUGACAGCAUUAAGAUCAGCACUCUGUGCCACAACCCACAGCUCCCAGUAGAAAAUGUAAUGGUUCCAAAUUACAACACCUCACGGUGCAUCAUGACCCAUCAGUCUAGUGAGGAAGGAAUAUUUUACAUCUGUGGUUGUGUGGAUGAACAGGAAUGCAACGAUAAACUCAUAUUUGAAAACCACACCAAUGGAUACUCCAUGCUGCAGAGCAAAGAGGUCAUUCCUGUAGCAGCAAUAAGCCUGCUCCCCCCUCUGCUCGUGGCUGUCAUGAUCACGGUGAUAUUUUACCUCUGCCGCACCCAGAAGCAGAAAAAGAGAGCCAAGGACUGGGGCCAGAAGCACCCACAGCACCAGGCUUUGCCCGAGCCAGGAAAAGCUGCUGAGGACGAUGAGAAAUUAUCUGUGAUGACAGACGACAAUCACACCAGCAUGAUCUUCACCUGCGCCAACAGCAUCAACCAUAACACCGAGCUGUUGCCAAUUGACCUGGAUGAGAUAGUGGGGAAAGGCCAGUUUGCCGAGGUCUGGAGGGCCAAGCUGAACCACACCACUUCGGGGCAAUACGAGACAGUAGCUGUUAAGAUUUUCCCGUGCGAGGAAUAUUCCUCAUGGAAAAAUGAAAGCCAGAUCUUUACAGAGGCCAGCCUCAAGCAUGAGAGUGUCCUUCAAUUCCUUACAGCAGAGGACAGGGGGGCUGGGUCCCGGCAGGAAUACUGGCUCAUCACUGCCUACCAUAGAAGGGGCAACCUGAAGGACUAUCUGUCCCGACACAUUCUGAGCUGGAUCGACUUACAAAAAAUGGCCGGCUCCCUGGUGAACGGCGUGGCCCACCUGCACAGCGACUACACUGCCUGUGGCAGGCCAAAGAUCCCAAUCGCUCACCGGGAUAUCAAAAGCACCAACAUCCUGGUGAAGAGCGAGUGGGAGUGCGUGAUUUGUGAUUUUGGCAUUGCUCUAAAGCUAGACCCUUCCUUAACAGCGGAUGACUUUGCUAACAGCGGGCAGGUUGGCACUGCCAGGUACAUGGCUCCUGAGGUUCUAGAGUCUAGAGUGAAUCUGGAAGACCUGGAGUCUUUCAAACAAAUGGACGUCUACUCCAUGGCCUUGGUUUUAUGGGAAAUGGCCUCUAGGUGUGAGGUUGUAGGAGAAGUAAAAAGUUAUGAGCUACCUUUUGGGUCAAAAGUCCAGGAGCAACCCUGCGUGGAUACCAUGAGAGACAUUGUGCUGCACGGCAGAGGGCGCCCAGAGAUACCCUGCAACUGGCUAGUGCAUCAGGGAAUGCACUUUCUGUGCGACACCAUCACAGAGUGUUGGGACCAUGACCCCGAGGCUCGCCUUACAGCCCAUUGUGUGGCAGAGCGGUUCAAUCUGAUGGCACAAAUGGACUGUGAUGACAUCCUCAACAACAAUACAGACAAUGAAGGCAGCAAAACAGCCCGUCUAAGUGGGGAACAUCAAGCCAGUGACGGGAACAGAAAUACCCAGUGACAGGAAGAAACGAAAGCCUCGUAUCAAAAAGAAACAAGGAGAUUAAAGACAAACACGUGGCUCUAAAAAAAUAAAUAAAUAAAAAUCCUCAAUUCAUUUUCCUAAUAUGAA